AAAAAAUUCAAUCAGUGGCAAUGCUGGUCAAAUAAAGUGAUUCCUUCCCUAAUCAGUCCAUACCUCAAAUAUCAACAUGAAUCCUCCUUGCUCCAUCAUCGGCCUGGACUUCAAAGUGGUGAUGUCCAGUGUAGAGCUUCAUGCCACAGGAGGACUUUAGAAGUGACUUGUGUUUUCUUCAAUUAUCUAGAGGUCUUGAACAUUGACUGCUGCCCCUGCACACCCACACCCCUUCAACUUCUUAGGUUAGGGUUAUUUGCCUGUGCACCCAUAGCUUCAUUGCUUGUGGUCAACCUAUGUGUACUAGAGCUUGUUAGGACUCUUUUUGUAUGGGUCACCUCUAAUAUGACAGCCUGGUGUGAAGUGUUGGAAGUCUUUUUAACAGGUCGAGGUUACAAACUUUCUACGAAGGAGAAUCUUCACUGCCACUUCAGCAACACUUAUCAUUGGUACUCUGUCCUU